CACAGGGAAGCUGCGCGAAUUCUCCUCUCGCCUCGGUUCCAUCAACAACGCGCGCGUAAAACUUCUCCCGUGGGAGUACGGACACGCGCUUUUCUCCCGCCAGGCUCUCUCUCUCUCUCUCUCGUUCACUCUCACUCUCUCCUUUCCCGCAUCUAUCUCUUUAUCUCAGGGUAAUUCAUGGGAAAACAGGAGCACUAUCUGGCACCAUGACAUAGACUACACAGGGGAUACACUCUCUCUCUCUCUCUCUCUUCUCUCUGGAAGCGGUGUGUUCUUCUUCUCUGGUGGCAAUCCUCAGGCAUGGAGUUUCCCUCUGCAACCGUGUUUGACCAGCCCAAAGACUGUGCUGAGGAAGUGGACUUGAACGUGGUGUUCCACGCAGCGGCUACAGGGGAUGUCAACAGUCUAACAUCCACCAUACGUGAGGAUCCGUCCAUUCUGGAGUGCUGUGAUAGUGAAGGCUCCACGCUGCUAAUGCACGCCGUCUCUGGGAGACAGGUGGAUACAGUUAAGCUGUUGCUGAAAAUGGGUGCAUCGAUCAACACUCAGGAUGCCUGUGGCAGGACUUCACUUUCCCUCGCUACAUACUUGGGCUGGUUGGAAGGCUGUGUGUGUUUACUGCGAAAUGGUGCAAAACAGAACAUCCCUGAUAAGAACGGUCGCUUACCGCUUCAUGCUGCUACAGCUGAGGUCGACCUCAGACUCAUGGCUGUGUUACUGCAACAAUCAACACUGUGUGAAAUAAAUCAUCAAGAUAAUGAGGGCAUGACGGCGCUUCACUGGGCAUCCUUCCAUAACCGCCCGGAGCAUGUUCAGGCCCUGCUGCAAAAAGGGGCAGAUCCCACACUGGUCGAUAAAGACUUUAAAACUGCACUUCACUGGGCUGUGCAGAGCGGUAGCAGAUUUAUGUGCUCACUAAUUCUCGACCAUCACCUUGGUUCCACCGUUAUAAACUACGACGACGAGAACGGCAAGACCUGCGUUCACAUUGCAGCCGCAGCAGGUUUCAGUGACAUCAUUUAUGAGCUUGCACGUGUCCCUGAAACUAAUCUGCAGGCUCUGGAUGUGGAUGAGAGGACGCCUCUUCACUGGGCAGCUGCAGCAGGAAAGGAGGAGUGUGUGCAAGCUUUGUUACAGCUGGGUGUGGAGCCUGGGCCAAGAGACAUAAAUGAGAACACGCCACUGACGUACGCCAUGUACUGUGGCCACACUGCCUGCAUCAAACUGCUCUCCGCCAACAGCAGGCCUGAAUCAACCAGGCAGCUACUUUCACAAAGCAGUGACGCUGCUAUCAGAAAAGAGGGCAAAUUCCGCGUACUAAACCAUAUCUUCUCGUGUAAAAAGAAAAAAGAACUGCAUGCCACACGGCAAAGGGACCUUAGCCGGGAGCGCCAUCUGCAAGAAGAGACCUCUGAAGUAGACGACAUCAUCACCAUGUUCGACUGCAUUGUUGAGCCCCAAGUUAAAGAGGACAGCAGAAAACAGCCUAAUGAACCUGAAAGGUUUGAAGACCCCACUCCUAGGGACCACAAGAGCCUACCUCCUAUACGCACACAGAGUCUUCCACCUAUAACUCUGGGAAACUCUUUGUUAACCAACUUGCACAAUACAUCACAUAGAACUGUUUCUGGUCAAAUUAGUCAUUUGGCCCACAGGUCGCAGAAGAGCAAGAGCGAACAUGAUCUGUUUGACAGCAAGACAAAGACUCAGAAAGCCAUUGGGCCUUCCUGGAAAACUGAAUCCAGUCAGUUGCUAAACCACAAGGCUUUGGUGUCUUUUCCAUCUGACAGGAUGCUGUUGCACGAAACACCAAGUCCUAUAGAUGUGCUUUGCUCCAACCACACACCGUAUAUUCAGAGAAAUGAUCAAGUUGCAAAUACUCAUCUGGUACCACUGCGAAUGAGAGACUCAGCAUUGACACGCAACAGCUUGGCUCCCAUUCGUGACCACUGUACCCACAGAUUCUCUUUGCCUCCUGACCAGGUCUCUCAGGGAGUCAGAAAGUCCAAAUCCCUGCCCUUAAGCUCUCUUGGACGCAGUUUAGCAGGACUCCCGCCUCCUUUAACAUCUAAGAGUCACAGACCAGCUAUUCAUCAGAGUCAGUCUCUGUGUUCCUUUCCUCCUCCUCUGAGCACCGAGCCGCUGCGAAACAUGCAAGUUCUUCCCGCUAUCCCACCUCAAAGGAAACGAAGCCCAUCACCUCCAAAUCUCCCAGAGACGACGGAGAUUAACACAGACAGAAGAACCUGAUGCACUUGCUGACUCAGUUUCUGAGUCUUUGUCUUUGCUGUCAAAAAGGAAGAAACACAAACAAAAGGGCUGACCUUUUCUCAGCCACAUUAAAACUGGUUUCUGUUUCACUAUGAUCUUCAGGUUUUAUUGGAUUGUUUGGACAGUCAGUAAACCAUCAGCAUAUAUUUUCAUGAGAAGGAAGAGCUUCAUUGCCAUUGUUGAAAUGUUUGAUAAAGUUUAUAAAGCUAUCAGAAUAUUUUUUCACAUUUUUACAAAAUAAUAGACUCUCUAUUGUCUAUGGCAUGCACUGUGUAAAAUUAGAUUUCUGGUUUACCUCUAUAUUAU